AUGUUCUCUACCUUGACUCUUACGGGCGACGCGAUUCCAAAGCCCAUCACUUUAUCGAGGCAAGAAGACUUCCCGGCUUGCCAAUUCGACGCCGAUGCUGGCAAGUUUCGAACCAGACCGGACUGGCAGCCAUCAUCGUCUCCCCACAAUCAUGCUGGCCACCUGUUUCUGAGACUGGGAAAUUGCAUCGGUGGCGGCAGAUCCGCCGUGGUCUAUGAUGCCGAGAUCCUGACCACAUCUGCCUCAAAGGAAGGCUACAUUCCCCUUCCCUCAGAAGAGAAACUUUGUGUCAAGAUUGCUCGGCCUAAUCGUUGUCGCACACUCGCGCGGGAAGCAUGGGUCUGUGACCAGCUAAGGUCCCGGGACCGGUUGCAGGGCGUGAUUGCCCCCCGUACAUAUGGCUUCUUCGCUGUCGAGCUAUCUCGCCAACAACCGCCGACGUUUCCGCCUUGGAACACUGAGGAUUUCGAGCUUGACCUACGCGAAGACGACCCAGAAGACGAUCCCCUCCGCGACGAUCCCCUGCCGGGAGACAGGUUAAUUGAUGUAUACGAUGAGGGUCCUGGGGGCAGGGAGCUCUCGUCAUGGUGCCACUGGCGGCCGGAUCCUGAUGCACCGCUCUUAGCUGUCAUCGUUAUGUCACGCGGGGGUGCGGUUUACACAAGGGAGGAUGAUGCCGACAAAGCGACGCAAGAGGACGUACGUGCGAUACUGGAUGACUUGGCAGCCAGCUACCUAUGGCACGGUGAUCUGCGCCCCAACAAUCUUGUGCGUGCGCCGGCAGGCACGGAACUGUGCAAGACACACAACCGUGUCCACGCGUGGAACAUCAUUGAUUUUGCCUGGACCUGCGUCGACGAUGCGAAUGGCGACUUCAAAACGAAGUCGAGGAGCAUACGUGAACUUCAACGCGCGGGCUUUGGGACCUGGUAUUUCUGGCAUGGUUCCCACACUUGA